GUCUGUACAGUGAGUGCAGUCCACCUCUAGACUUAUGACGUACGCACUCAGAUAAAUAGUGAAGGCUUGUUGGAAUUAUUUUAUUUUAUUUUGAAUUUUAGUCGAAUAUCCUUCGUGUUUAAAGUAAAGUUCAAUUAGAAAAAUGUCUGUUUCAGUUAAAGGAGUUUAUAUUAUUAGCGCAAAGCGUACACCAUUUGGAAAAAUGGGUGGUAUGUUUUUAAAUAAAAGUGCAACUGAUUUAGCAGUCGUUGCAUCUAAUGCAGCAAUUGAAGCGGCAGGAAUUCGACCCGAAAAAGUUGAUAGUGUCGUCUUUGGUCACGUAUUAAUGAAUACGUCGUCUGAUGGUUCCUUUUUACCUCGUCACACACUCUUGAAAUGUGGAAUUCCUCAGGAAAAACAUGCUCUUGGAGUGAAUCGACUUUGUGGAUCUGGAUUUCAAUCGAUUGUUAAUGGCCUUCAGAGUAUCCUGGUGGGAGAAUCGAAAAUAGUCGUCGCCGGUGGAACCGAUAAUAUGAGUCAAGCUCCAUUCGUCGUGAGGAAUGUGAGAUUUGGAACGACUUUGGGACAGAAAUAUGAAUUUGAAGAUUCCCUUUGGCUUGGACUUAUUGAUUCGUAUUGCAGUUUACCAAUGGGUGUUACUGCCGAGAAACUUGGUGCUAAAUUCGGUGUCACAAGAGACGAAGUCGAUCAGUUCGCUCUCCGAAGUCAGAAAUUAUGGAAGGAAGCUCAAGAAAGUGGUCGAUUCAAGGAUGAAAUUGCUCCUGUAACUGUCAAAGUAAAGAGACAAGAAGUAUCGGUCGAUGUAGAUGAACAUCCACGUCCACAAACAAAAAUUGAGGACCUCAAGAAAUUGUCUUCGAUUUUCCAAAAAGAUGGUCUAGUCACCGCCGGCUCAGCAUCUGGAGUUUGCGAUGGAGCCGGAGCAUUAGUUCUCGCUAGUGAGGAGGCUGUGAAGGCGGAAAAUCUAAAACCCUUGGCACGAAUUGUGGGAUAUUCGGUGGUUGGUGUUGAUCCAACAAUUAUGGGAAUUGGACCAUCGCCGGCUAUCAAGAAUUUACUCAAAUUGACUGGAAAAACUUUAGACGAUAUCGAAAUUAUUGAAAUUAACGAAGCUUUCGGAGCACAAACAUUGGCUUGCGCUAAAGAUUUGAAAGUGGACAUGAAUAAAUUGAACGUGAAUGGUGGUGCAAUCGCUUUGGGACAUCCUCUCGCUGCUUCUGGUUCGAGAAUCACAACACACAUUGUUCAUGAACUCAGGAGAAGAAAAGCCAAAUUUGGAAUUGGUUCGGCUUGCAUUGGAGGAGGACAAGGAAUUGCCAUUAUGAUUGAAGCGCUUUAAAAAGUUUUUUUUUAUUAUUGUUGAAAUUUUAAUG